AUGCCAACACUUACAACAAGAUUGCCAUUUAGCAGAACUAGCUCUACAGGCGAACCUACGGAGUAUGCGGCUACCCGUUAUCACCGGGCCUUUCCAUUGCAAUUGACAGCGGUGCCUGAUGUGCCUAACGAAAGCAGUGGUAUGGACUUUACUUCGGCAUCAGGUGAUCAGACGUCUUCCGCUGGCUCUGUUUCUAUUCUCUCCGGGGGCGCUAUAGCAGGUAUAGAAGUCAGUGUAACAGUGUGCAUUCUGGGAGCAUUGUGCGGAGCUAUCGUGCUCUACCGGCGUAGACGGGGGAAGAGGAGGACUGAUGAUGAUGAUGGUGGGGAUUCGAGAUCGAAUCCUCCGGGUGGCGACCCCUUGUCAGAUAAACCGGAGCUUGAAGGAAGCUCUAUGGCUCGGGCGAGAGAGGUGAUACCGAAGGUAGAGCUCGACGCGGCAGCUUCGAGGUCAGAGUUGAGUGGUUCUGGUCCCGAAUCACGGCGCGGAACCGUUAGCCCAUUUACCAGUCUUAGUCCGAACCCGGCAGGGAGUGAUAUGAUUUUUCCCUUGGUUGAUUCGCGACAUAAGAGUAUCUUUGAGAUGUCGGGGUGA